GAAUUGGUAAACAUUACUUCCGGUUACCUGUUACAGGUAUUCUUACAUGUUUACGAGAGAAUACCUUAUGAUCCAACAAUACAAAUGGCAAACAUUUAUGUGUUUAUUGUCUUUUUAGGACUACCAGCAUGCAGUACAGCAUUAGAGUGUUAUGUAUGUGAAGCACAGAACAGCAACAAAGAUAAAUGUGUAAAAACAACAAUACAGUGUAGGCAGGAAGAAGAUACUUGUCGAACACAGAUUAAAUGGCAGCAGCCUUUGUUUUGGCAACCAAGGAGUGAAAGAUAUCAUUACAUAUCUAAAACAUGUGAUACAUCAACACACUGUCAGCAGGAGAGUGUUGGUCUAGGUGUCAGAUGUAUGAAAGAUUGGUAUCGAGAUUGGACAUGUGUAGAAUGUUGUCAAGGGGAUCGAUGUAAUUACUACACAACACUUGGAGCAGAAACCACAAAGAUCAGCCUUAUAUUACUGGUAACGAUGGUUGUACUACAGUUAUUCUUCAGACACAGAUAGUAGAUAAGAAAUAACAUCAAUUUACACAUUUAUUCAGAUUAAUACAUAUUUUUCAAUUGUUCAUUUAAUCUGGUCAUUGCAUGUGUAAAAUUUAUUUCCUGCAGAAAUUUGUAUCAGCUGAUUGGUUUUCUUCUCGGGAAUUCAUUUAAUCAUGAUUGUAACGAGAGGGUUUAGCUCAUAUAGCAAUGUGAGCUAUUGUCAUCACUUGACGUUAGUUUUCUGUCUGUCUUCCAUUUAUUUCAUAAAAAUCUUCUCUUUUGUUUCAAUUGAAACCAAAUUUUUAAUAUUUCAAAUAUUUCUAAAAUUAUCCCACCAUCAAUAAAGAUGGUCACAAGGCUAGAAAUAACAAACAGGUUAAAAGAAAGUAAUGUCUAUCAUCUUGAUAAUUGUUAGAGGUUUUCAGAAUGUCAAGAAUCCCUUCUGUCCAUUUUUUAUCAAAAUUUUUCAGGUGAUUCUGUAUUGGAGCUGUUUUCUUAAAAACUAUAAUAUAUAGAAAGUCUUCAAAUAAGUCAUCACGAUUGAAAUCCUCAGAUAACUCCUUGUAUGAGUUAUUGCCCUUUGAAGAUUUUUAUCCAUUUUUGUGUUUUUUUGGCAGGAAGUAUUAUAGAUAGAGAGAAGCUGUAAAUAGAAAAUAAGAUCUACUAAAAGGUCAAAUGACAGAAAGUCAAUUGAUUACUUUUAGGAGUUAUUGCAAUUAAAUGAUGAUCUUCAACAAAUUAUAUUGUGUUUACAUAAUAUCUUGAAAACUAUAAUAGAUAGACUGAAUCUUAAUAAUUAGAAAGCAUAUAUGAUCUGCAGCAUAAGAUUUAUAAAUAAGUCAUUAUGAAUGAAAUCCUCAAUGGAUUCUUUAAAGGAGUUAUUGCCUCUAAAUUACAUUUUUGAACAUUUUUUUGUAAAUCACAUUUGUUUAUCUAGAAAACUUUAGUAGAUAAUGGACAGGUCCAGCAAAAAUUAUCAGCAAGAAAUUUUGGUCUACAUAGUUCUCAUUCAAGACACAUUUUAUUAUUGCAUUGUUUUAAUUGUAAUGCAUAAAUGACAGGUGAGCAAUAACAGGUGAGCAAUAACAGCUCCUGGAGCCUCUAGGUAAACAACAUAAUGAACAUGUAGCUGUACAAUACAUUUACUCAGGUGGAAUUCAUGUAAAUUUAAUUCAUGUCCAUCACGUUUUAAAUUUUAACAGCUUGCAAUGUGCUAAACAAUCUAGAAAACUUUGAAUUGUUAAUGGUGAGAAAACAGGUGAUCAGAAUGAAAGUGUAAUCACAAACUAAACUAAGAAAAAAAUAUAUAUAUGUAAACCAUUUGAAAAUGAAGUGCCAUAUGACACAAUUGCUGUUUUUAUUAAAUUUGGUAAUGCAUUUUAACAAAGUUUACAAAAUGUUUGAUGUUUUUUGUCCUUGAAAUGUUUGUAAAUAGUCUGUUCAUUGUAAAUUAUUUCACUAAGAAUUGUACAGUACCACAUAUGUUAUAUUUUCAUUGAAGUUUAAGUAUCCAUUCCAAAUUUAACAGAUGAAUGUGCAAAAUGACAAAGCAAUAUUUUUACAAAUCUUUAACAUUGUAAUUAGAAUUUUUAUUGAAAGGAUAAGGUAGAUAUUGCUCUUUUAUAUGGCAAUACUACUCCUUAGCUCACCUGGCCAAAAUUCCAUCCGUCGUCGUCCGUUAACUUUUACAAAAAUCUUCUCAUCUGAAACCUCUGGGCCAAAUUUAACCAAACUUGGCCACAAUCGUCAUUGGGAUAUCUAGUUUAAAUAAUAUGUCCAAUGACCCUGCCUGCCAACCAAGAUGGCCAACAUGGCUAAAAAUAGAACAUAGGGGUAAAAUGCAAAUGUAAAUAUAACCUUCUCAAAUGAUGCUUCCUUAAUGAUUUUUAUGCAACCUACAACAAAUGAGAAUACGGUUAUUAAUCUGGGCAUGUGUAUUAUAUUUUAUUACUCCUCGCUAGCGAUAGAUGAUGAUUCUGCUUAAAAGUCAAAUAGAAAUACUGUAAAUUCAGAAAUUAUUGCCAUGUUUUUAUUAUUGCGAAAAAUGCGACAGGGUUAUAAUCGCAAUAAUUUAAACUCGCAUUUUGAAUUUUUUUAUAUGAAUUAAACAGGAUUUUUCUCAAUAUCGCAAAAAUUAAAAUCGCAUUUUAGUCUAAAAUGACAAAGUCGCAAUAAUAAAUGCACGCAAUAAUUUCUGAAUUUACAGUAGAAACUAUUUUACACUUUAAUUUGAAAAUCAUCAAGAUUUGGUUUGGCAGAUUUAUUGCAAAUACAAAUACAGAAAGAGUAAAUUAUUUUGUUUUCAUCAGUUGAUACAUAAAACUUAUAUCUUUAUGGAUUUAAGCAAUGGAAAGUUUCAUGCAAAGAUUUAAUUAUAUGUUGAUUUCACUUAUUUACUGUCAUAUAAUAAAUGCUAUUAUGUUUCCUCAAUAGUAUACUUUUCAUUUCAAAACUAAAAUGCUUCAGGAAUAAUUGAUGAUUUAAAUUCCACUUUUGUAUUCAUGUAACAAUAUAUGUAUGUAUAUAUAUUUGGUUAUACAUUUGUACUGUAAUCAUUCCACUAUGUACAUAUAAUGGUUUUUUUAUGUAUAUAAUGUAUUUUGGUAUAAAAUGUAUUUUAAUAAACUUUCUAAAUAA